UGUCAAAACCGCGGCAGACACAUACACACACACUUCUCGUAAACGCUUGAGCAAAGAAAAUUCGUAAAAAUAUUUGAGCGGCGUCGAACUGCAGAAAAUCAAUAAUUAAGAGCUUAAAACGUGCGGAAAACAUUUUAAGGUAACGCAAUAAUGUCGAUCGGAGUACCCAUUAAGGUUUUACACGAGGCUGAAGGCCACAUAAUCACUUGCGAAACCAUUACCGGCGAAGUGUACCGAGGCAAACUCAUCGAAGCCGAAGACAACAUGAAUUGUCAAAUGACACAGAUUACAGUCACCUACCGGGACGGACGCACGGGCAAUUUGGAGAAUGUCUACAUACGCGGCUCGAAAAUCCGUUUUCUGAUCCUUCCGGACAUGUUGAAGAACGCACCGAUGUUCAAGAAACAGACGGGGAAGGGCCUGGGAGGGACGGCCGGCCGCGGAAAGGCGGCCAUUCUGCGUGCACAGGCUCGUGGUCGUGGCAGAGGCGGCCCUCCAGGCGGAGGACGAGGUAGCGGGGGCCCUCCUGGUGCCCCAGGCGGUGGCGGACGCGGAGCUUGGCAAGGCGGACCAACUGGCGGACGUGGACGCGGCGGUUUGUAAGGAUGCUCAAGGAUUUGAGCUGAGCAUUCUUUUUAAUAUUUAAGCUAGGGCGUUCUUUUAUUAGCGGGCGGGACGAAAUUGUU